GCAGAAAAGACUUUGUUUUAUAUGACAUUUGAAAAAUAACUUCUUUCUAGGAAAAUUUGCUAUUCAUUUUGUUAGAUAGUCAUGAUUCUAAAAUAUAAAUUGUUUAGGCGUUCAACAAGAUUCUAUUAACGCCAACACAUGGAAGUUGGCAGCUGCAGGAUUUCGGUAGUUUUUGUUUUCUUGACAAUUUGUUUUUGUUCAGAUUUUGGCACUGCCAUAGACACCAUCACAUCUUCCCAAUCCAUCAGAGAUCUUGAAACAAUCAUCUCCAGGGCCAACAAGUUCAAAUUGGGGUUUUUCAGCCCUGGUAAUUCUAGCAAUCGCUAUGUAGGUAUUUGGUACAAUAAAUUAUCUACAAGUGCUGUCAUAUGGGUUGCUAACAGAAACAAGCCCCUCAAUGAUUCGUCCGGGAUUAUUACCAUAACUGAGGAUGGCAAUCUUGUAGUUUUGAAUGGACAGAGAGAGGUUAUUUGGUCAUCAAAUGUUUCGAAUUCAGUAAAUAAUGCAUCAGCUCAGCUUUUAGAUUCCGGUAAUCUUGUAUUGCGUGAUAACACCAAGGGAGUAAGUAUAUGGGAGAGUUUCGAAGAGCCUACCGAUUCAUUCUUGUCAGGGAUGAGAAUUAGUACUAAUAUAAGAACAGGUGAGAAAGUGAAGUUGACAUCAUGGAAAAGCCCUUCUGAUCCAUCUAUUGGAAGCUUCUCAGCUGGCCUUGAUGCUUUAAACAUUCCUGAAAUUUUCAUUUGGAACAAUAGCCGCCCGUUUUGGAGGUCCGGUCCAUGGAAUGGACGAGUCUUUCUUGGAGUGCCUAAUAUGAAUUCUGUUUAUCUUGACGGAUUUAAUCUUGUAGUAGAUGACCAAGAAGGAACUGCUUAUCUAACUUUUUCAUUUGUGAACAUGUCUUUGUUCUUUGUCCUGAAAUCAAAAGGAGUAGUGGAAGAAAGAAAGUGGAUUGAAGAAAAGGCGGAGUGGAUGGUUCCUUUCUGGAAUCCUAAUACUGAGUGUGAUGUUUAUGGUAUGUGUGGAGCAUUUGGAAGUUGUGAUCCACUGAAAAAGCCAAUUUGCAGCUGUUUAAGAGGGUUUGAGCCAAAGAAUGUAGAGGAAUGGAAUGGAGGAAACUGGAGUGAUGGUUGUGUCAGAAGGAUAGAACUACAGUGUGAAAGGAUAAAGAAAACUGUUGAAGCUGGCAAAGAAGAUGGAUUUCUGAAAUUAAAGAUGAUGAAGGUACCGGGCUUUUCAGAUUGGUCAUCAGCCCCCGAGUCUGAGGGUCAAUGCAGAGAACAGUGCUUGAAUAAUUGCUCCUGUAUAGCUUAUGCAUAUGAUGUUGGUAUUGGUUGUAUGUUAUGGAGCGGCAACUUAAUUGACAUUCAGAAACUCCGCAGUGCAGGGAUAGAUCUUUACAUUCGUUUGGCACGUUCAGAAUUUAAUAAAAUAGACCUGAAAGUUGUUAUCAUAGUACCAGUGAUUCUAGGAGUAAUUGUAUUUGUAAUUACAGUCUGUGCAUUUUUCUCAUGGCGAUGGAUGGAUAAACGGAAAGCUAUGAAGGAAAAAAACAGGGUGAUGCAGCUUGAUGAAGGGGAAGUAUAUAAAGAAUUAUCUUCGGAAAACAUUAACCAGACCAAAUUCCAGGAUCUACCACUAUUCACUUUUGAGGAGCUGGUAACUGCGACUAACAACUUUCAUUUAACCAAUAAGCUUGGGGAGGGUGGUUUUGGCUUAGUAUACAAGGGAAAGUUACAAGAUGGACAAGAAAUAGCUGUGAAAAGACUAUCAAAAGCAUCUGGACAAGGGAUAGAAGAAUUUAUGAAUGAGGUGGUGGUAAUUUCUAAACUCCAACAUCGAGGCCUCGUUAGACUACUCGGAUGCUGUGUUGAAUCAGGAGAAAAGUUGCUGAUUUACGAAUAUAUGCCAAACAAAAGCCUGGAUGCGUUUCUCUUUGAUCCAGUGAACCGCGAACUUUUGGAUUGGAGAAAACGCUUCAACAUUAUUCAAGGAAUAAGUCGAGGUCUCCUUUAUCUUCACAGGGAUUCUAGAUUGCGGAUCAUACAUAGAGAUUUAAAGGCAAGUAACAUCUUAUUGGAUGAAGAACUGAAUCCAAAAAUUUCAGAUUUUGGCAUGGCAAGGAUUUUUAAAAGCAAUCAAGAUCAAGCCAAUACCAAAAGAAUCGUAGGGACAUAUGGUUACAUGUCCCCUGAAUACGCCAUGGAAGGGAGAUUCUCUGAGAAAUCUGAUGUCUACAGUUUCGGAGUAUUGCUAUUGGAGAUUGUAAGUGGUAGAAGAAACAAAAACUUUCAAAAUGAUGAAUCGUUGGGUCUUCUGGGCUGUGCUUGGGAAUUGUGGAACGAAAACAACAUUGUUGGUCUAAUUGAUCCUGUGAUAUAUGAUCCAUGCUUUCAAGUUGAGAUGAUAAGAAGCAUACGUGUAGGAUUGUUGUGCGUGCAGGAAUUCGUGAAGGAUAGGCCAACCAUGUCAACUGUUAUUUCCAUGCUUAAUGCUGAAAUUGUGGAACUUCCUGCUCCAAAGCAACCUGCAUUUAUUGAAAGGCGGAAUGUUUUUGAUACAGAGUCCGCUGAACAGAGCCAGAAUAGAAUUUCUAUUAACAAUGUUACGGUGACACACAUUGAUGUCAGAUAGCAAAAAAAGCCCUUAAUGCAAGGUGCAUGUUUUUCCUUUCACAAUAUGUUACUUUUAUGAAGAUUGUUGUAAUUGUUUUUUGAGAUUUUCAAACAAAACAGUGAGGGAGAAUUUCUAUCAGGUGAGUAAUAUUUUGG